AUCCCCAGAAAGUUCUCACAGUACUUACUACAACCAAAAACAACCCAGCAGUAGUAGUACUCAAUUUCCCCUUUCUUUUCUCUUUGGACCAUUUCCAUAUUUUUCCUGUACUUUUUACUGAUAAUUGUCUUCUUUUUUCUUUUAGUGGUAUAAAGAUCUGAAAUUCACCUGUGUGUUGAUGAUCAAGAAAUGACGAUAACAGCAACGAAUAAUGGUAAUGAUGUGGUUGCUUUAAGAGUACAACAACAAAAUCUUGAAUCAAAAAGAUCAAUUGGUAAUUGUACUGGAAUUGAAGAUUUGGAUGAUGAUGGAAAACCAAGAAGAACUGGGUCUACUUUAACAGCCAGUGCACAUAUCAUCACUGUGGUUAUUGGUUCAGGUGUUCUAUCACUUCCAUGGUGUAUUGCCCAACUAGGAUGGGUUGUUGGACCUAUUGCGCUGGCCAUCUUCGCCUACAUAACUUUCUACACAUCCAGUCUCUUAGCUGAUUGUUACAGAUAUCCUGAUCCUAGUUCCGGAAAGAGAAAUUAUAAUUACUCUGAAGCUGUUGGAACUUUCUUAGGUCAAAGAAUGAAAAUGGCUUGUGGGAUUAUCCAGUAUGUGAACCUCUUUGGUUAUUCGGUUGCCUACACGAUUACAGGAGUUGUUAGUAUGGUGGCAAUAUUCAAAGCUUCUUGUUUCAAUAAAAGAGGAUAUGGAGAGAAAUCAUGCACCAUUUCUAAUAUUCCGUUCAUGAUAGGAUUUGGAAUUUGUGAAGUUAUUCUCUCUCAGAUCCCAAACAUAAAUGAGCUUACACUACUCUCAACCAUUGCUACUUUAAUGUCUUUCACCUAUUCCAGCAUUGGUGUGUUGCUCUCUAUUAACAAAAUCGCUAAAGGAAAUACUGGGAAGACAACUUUGACCGGAGUUGAAAUAGGCCCAGGAUUUUCAGCAGCAGAUAAAGUAUGGAGUACCUUGACUGCAAUUGGUGAUAUUGAACUUGCAUUCUCAUUUUCACUCGUCUUGAUAGAAAUUCAAGAUACGAUGAAGGGUCCAGCAGAGAACAAAAGGAUGAAGAUUGCAAACUUGAUAAGUGUAACGACAACAACUGUGUUCUAUGCCUUGUGUGGGUGCCUUGGAUAUGCUGCAUAUGGAAAUGACGCUCCGGGGAACAUGAUCUCUGGGGUUUAUGACCCUAUCUGGUUAGUCGUCCUUGCUAACGUCUGUAUUGUGGUUCACCUCGUUGGUGCAUAUCAGGUAUUCAACCAACCGUUGUAUGCAACAAUCGAGUCGUGGAGUUCAAAGAAAUGGGAAAAUUCAAAGUUCGUAAAUCAUGAUUACUCAGUAAGCAUACCGGGGUUUAAGAACAAGAAGUGUCAUAUUAACAUGUUUAAGAUAGUCUGGAGAAGUUGUUAUGUGAUCGUGGUUACACUAUUAGCCAUGGCAUUACCUUUCUUCAACGACAUACUUGGUUUCCUCGGAGCUACUGGUUAUUGGCCUUUGUCUAUAUAUUUCCCAAUAGCCAUGUACAUUUCCAGAAAGGAGAUCAAAAAAUACAGUCUCAAAUGGAUUGUACUUCAAUCUCUGAGUGGAUUUUGCUUGAUCUGCUCGAUUGCUGCUGCUUGUGGUGCCGUUCGUGGGAUUUCCAAGUCUCUUGCUAGUAGUCCUUUCAAGGCCAAAAACUGAUCUUAGAGGGAGAAAGAUUAUGAACUGAUGCAGUCUUUUGAAGCGAUAGCACCCUUGCAAAAAGUGCGUAGCUUAAUUCUGAUGUCAAGUGAUACUGGUAGAAUUGUGUUCAGUUAAUUAGUACUUAAUCAGUGUUUGUAGAUUUGUUGCAAGGCAGUUCAGUGAUACUUCAGAUUUUAAUAUAAGAAGAAACUCUAUACCGAUCAGAAUUUUAAAAUCUGAA